GGAUGCAUUACUCGGAUGUCACAAACAGAUCCAAACUCUGAAGUCUGUGAAUCUUCAAUACUCAUUACCGUGUCUAUUCGAAAAGGGGUUAUCAUGGAGAACACAAGAUUGUUACUUCUCUUUCUCUUCUUCUCAAUCAAUCUUCUACCUCCUACACUCGCUAUCUGGCUCACGCUACCUUCGUCUGGUACCAAAUGCGUUUCGGAAGAAAUUCAGAAUAACGUCGUCGUUUUGGCCGAUUAUGUCCUCGUUCCCGAUGAUCAUACCCUAUCGCCCACUCUCGCCGUCAAGGUUACAUCACCGUAUGGAAACAAUCUUCAUCAUAAGGAGAACACAACACAUGGGAAUUUCGCGUUCACGACUCAAGAAACUGGGAACUACUUGGCAUGCUUUUGGGUAGAUAGCGGUAAUCAAAAAGGUGGUGAUGUUAGUGUGAACCUUGACUGGAAAAUCGGGAUUGCGGCCAAGGAUUGGGAUUCAGUUGCUAAGAAGGAGAAGAUUGAGGGAGUUGAGCUUGAGCUGAGAAAACUAGAAGGAGCAGUAGAGGCCAUCCAUGAGAAUUUGCUCUAUCUGAAGGGAAGGGAAGCGGAAAUGAGGAUCGUGAGCGAAAAAACAAAUGGCAGAGUGGCAUGGUUUAGUUUAAUGUCAUUAGGUAUCUGCAUUGCAGUUUCAGUUUUGCAAUUGUGGCAUUUGAAGAGAUUUUUCCAGAAGAAGAAGCUUAUAUAGAUUAUGCUAUGCUAGUGUUAAUUUAAUUUUACUAGUGAAACAACUACCAUAAACUAAAGCUUUUUUUUAUUGAGUCCUACUUGCAACUUACAAGUUGUAGCAAGAGUUUUUUUUUUUGUUAUGAAUCGUCUUAUACUUUGACCAA